UCCUCAUCCACUACCGCCUUUCAUCUCACAAACCACAUCCCCUCCACGCGCUUCACGGUUGAUCGAAUCACUCUCGCCUCACCCUACGGUGCUGGGUUUACCGGUUCACUCAAUCCGCACUCCCCAUUGUCUUUCAUCUUCCACGCCAACAUGUUCGAAGAAGACUUUGAGCGCUGCUUCAUCUGCCAGGCUCCCUCCAAGGGCCUCUACUGCUCUCAAGAGUGCAGGCUACAGGACAAGGGUUCAGCCUCCCCGAACACAAAGUCCAACGGUCUCGCACCCGUUCGCCUCACUGCCCAACUUCCUGCUUCCCUCUCACCAGCGGUCCGCCCAACUCACACCAUCACCCCGUCACCUAUCUUUGGUCGUCCUCGAGGCACCUCGACCUCGUCGUCCUCGCUGUCAGAGUCACCCAUCCAGAGCCCGCACACCCUCCCCUCUGGCGGCGACUCGCCGCAAAAGGAAGCUUUCAAUCUUCCUCCUCCUGCAUACCCUGGCUAUGUCGGCAGCGUUCCCAUGAAGAUCCCAAGCGGUCUUCAAAAUCGCGUCACCAGCAACGGAUCAGGUAACGGCCACACCAACGGCACCACCACUCCUACAGGCUCUGUUGACACUCUGCGCUUCGGCCGCAAGUCGAGCGUGACAAAUUCUGUGACCUCGCCUCUCGCACUCGCCCCACGAUGUGGCUGUGGUCGCGCCCUGGGCCACAGGAAUCGUAGCCUUCCUGGCGACGAGCUCAAUUUUGCCUGCCUCAACGUUGGCCCCGGCGGUGCCCCCGAUGCCGACGUCAAUGUCCUCCGCCUCGUCUCCGAUCCUAUCCACCGUACACCCAACCUCGCCUGCCCACCGCUCCCAGAAGAUCGUUCAAUCUCACACGUUCUCGGCUCGUCUCUUCUGCUCUCGCGCUCGCGCUCCGACCCACACCACCCUCCGUCACCCCGCACAGCUCGUCCCCACGGAAACGAGAGCGCCAAGACGGGCGGCAGCAUCCACCCCCGCCCUGCACUCGAAGUCUCGCUUGGCGCUACGCCCCCCGAGCGCGCACAGCUGCCUUCGGUCGCGCCCCUUCGUGGCGUCCGCAGUCGCUCUGCCGCACCCUCCGCCCAGUCGCGCCGUGAGCAUGCGCCCGCCGCCGAGGACAGCCGUGGCCGCAGCCGCGAGCGUGUCGAGCGCAUCGAAGUCAACCCAGAGCUCGUCCCCCAGCUCGGCAUGUACCACGAGGAACGCGAGGUUGCUCCCACUCGCGUCGGUCGCUCUCGUGGCCGCGACAUGAGCCGCUCUGGAGAACGUGAGGGCCGUUCGCGUUCGCGCCCGAUGCGCGACGCCGUCUACCCUGCUCCAAUGCGCGGUCGCACCGCCGGCAUUGCUGCAUAGCGAUGAAGGCAGUGUUUUCUGCCUCAGCCAGCCGGCCAGCCAGCCAGGUAGCCAUCCAGCCCACCCGCCCCUCGAAAGCCA